AUGAUACAAUGGCGAGUCAUGAAGAUAAUACUAAUAACAAUUCACCUAAUGUUCACCUUCGUACACUUGGAAACUAAUAAUAAUAAUAAUAAUAAUAAUAAUAAUAAUAAUAAUAAUAAUAAUAAUAGCAAUAGUGUUGUCAAUAACAAUAAUGAUGGGCUAUCAACUACAUUUCAACGACACAAACCGGCUUACUCGUCGAUCGGUUCAAAUGCAUUAGUAAGAUCCGCUUUGAUAGAACGCCAAGAGAAGCUGCAGUAUAACUGUGAAGAUAUUAUGACAACAAAACAAGUUAACGAACGUAUCUUAGUGCCUGAUGAUUUUAGAAACAUACUCGUUAAUGAUGAGCUUGAAUUGCUUUACUGCUACGUUCCAAAGGUCGCAUGUACUAAUUGGAAACGUGUUUUGAUGAUUGCAACUGGUAAAUGGUCUGGAAGCAAUCCACUGGAGAUACCCGGGAAUCUUACACACGCCGCAGGAACUUUUAAACGGUUGAGUAAUUUUACAAUGACAGAGAUAGAACGUAAAUUAUCGAACUAUGAUACACUUAUUGUUGUAAGACAUCCACUUGAAAGAUUACUAUCGGCAUACAGAAAUAAAUUUGAAGCUAAAGAUGAAAUAAGUGCAAAGUACUUUCAAACCCGUUUCGGUCGAAGGAUCAUUAAGAGUUAUAGAAGAAAUCCGAGCAAAGAGUCUUUAGCUAAAGGGGAUGACGUUACGUUCAGUGAGUUUGUUGAUUUUAUAACAGACAAAAAUAUGAAUGGUACGAGUAAUGAACAUUGGAAGCCUAUUUAUCAAUUGUGUUUGCCUUGUGAUGUUAAUUACAAUCUUAUUAGCAAGUAUGAAACACUUGCGGAAGAUGCUAUGGAAAUAUUGGAAAGAAUUGGCGCUGGAUCGUUAACAUUUCCAAUGAGAGCAUCUAGCAAUGAGCCAACAGCAGGAAAAUUGGAGCAUUAUUAUUCAAUGCUUACUUAUAAGCAGAUGAAAAAAUUGGCUAAAAUGUACAAAAUGGAUCUAAAACUAUUUGAAUACACUUUAGAACCAGUUCUUGGAUUUUCUUUAGCAUGA